AUGUCUUCCGACACUGUGCAUUUCUGGCCCGGUGGGGUUCCUGCAGAUCUACCCCUCUAUCAGGGUCAAGAACAAUGGUUUCAUGAGGUAGAAGAGGAAAUCAAGGGAUGGCUUCUUUUUGUCAAGGAAAAUUGGACCACAAGUCAGGCAGCUGGCACGGGCGAAGGUGGCAUCGAGUAUGCACCAAGUCAACGUCGUAAGCUCAUGCUCCAAUGGGCCUCCUAUUCGCAAUCUGUUCGGGAGGAAUAUCAUGAUCGGGCUUUGCCACAAGAAAUCACAGAUUUAUGGUAUUCUGGCGAUGUGACACAUCAACUAAAAUGCUGUCCAAAUGGUGCAAUCCUUUGUUUGUCACCAGUAGGGACAGACAAUCCGGCCAAUCGUGCUCGUUGGAUCAAACUCCUCAUCCUCAUGAAUCGGUUUGAUCUUGCUUGGGAGAAUCCCUUUGCAAUGCACGAGUCUGAUCAUCAAAUAUUUUGCGCAGAGAGCAUUUCACCCAACCUGCCUGAUAUAGCAUCAGCGUCACGAUGGCUGUAUCUUGAGAAUCCAGCAUUUGGCUUUGUCCAUAUGACACGAUCUGGAGAGGUCGUGUUCGAUAUUGGGGAUCUUUUCGUUAUCGACCAACAUGAUCUUCAAAAUGGGUUUGUCUCUCUCGUGAAGUAUGGAGUCAACGGAGAGCCAGUUCACCAGCUAAAGGUGAGGCCUUGGAAUAUGCCAGCUGUCAUGAGGGAGCUAGCUAUGCGUUGUACCAUCGAUGGUCAGAUAGAUUCCCUGCGGUCUAUGCAGUUCUUGGCCUCUAAAGUGGAAAUCGACAUGGAUGCUCCCAUAUUGGAGAUCUUGCAAAAAGAGAAGGACGCUCGACCUAACAGUCCGAUACACAAGUCAAAAGAUCUUGCCCAAGAUGUUGAAACUUACGCCCCAGGGUAUCUUGGUAUGGAAAAGGAGGGCCGUGGCGCCGAAUACAAUCUUGAGGAGUUACUAGAAAUCUUUCAAGAAGAUGAUAUACUCCCGAUGAAGCCGAAUGACUGGCUAAACUCGAUGAGGCCGGGUCGAGCUCAAUGA